AUGAUGUCAGGACAUUACACCUCCAUUGAAAAUCAAAAGGUUUCAGGAUCGGUACCUGCCGUUACAGAUCCCCCAUCCUUCAAAUUUUCAGAUCCAAAUCUUCAAACAUUUCCUCCUUCUGCAGCACAGGGCAACAUUGGUGGCAGUGGUGGCUCAAGGCCUCCACCUAUUGUUGAUGAUACAUUUUCAAAACCAGUAUCUGGGUCUGAUGAAUCCCAGCAACUUAGUUGGUUUCAGGUUUUUUCACUGUCCACUUACAAACCAUACUUUGAUAUUGACACUAUAGAUGUUCUCGAUCGAAUUAAAGAUUCACUCUAUCCAUUCAAUGGGGCUUUUAAAGAAAAAACUUCUUCCAAUCCUGAUUUGUAUGGACCAUUCUGGAUUUGCACCACCUUAAUAUUUGUAGCGGCUUCUAUUGGCACAUUUGUGACAUACAUAGCUCACAAAUUGAAGCAUCAGGAAUGGAACUAUGACAUAAAUGUGGUGACUUGGUCUGCAGGCUUGUUUUAUGGUUAUGCCAUUUUUGUUCCUCUUUGUUUGUAUCUAAUCCUCAAAUACUUCUCUGUACCUUCUGGCCUUGUCCAACUACUUUGUCUUUAUGGAUAUUCCCUGUUUGUCUUUAUCCCAGCACUGUGUUUGUCUGUUGUGCCAUGGGAGAUAUUCAGAUGGGUGAUUGCUGGGGUGGCUGGGUUCAUGUCUGCAACUUUUGUAGCACUUAACCUUCGGGCACAUAUUAUGUCAGCUGGAGAACGAUGGGUUUUGAUUGUUGCUGGCAUUUUUCUAUUACAGUUGGCUCUAUCUGUUGCACUUAAGAUCUACCUCUUCAAAAUAACAGUAUGAAAGGAAACUAGUAUUGUUAUCGAUCAACAUCAAUGAAGUGUAAAUAAAGAGAGUUUUUGUUGUUUUUAA